AUGUCAGCCGUCAGGAGAUACCUGGUCGCCGCGGGACUAGUCAUCAUUAUUAUUUCCGUCUGGCAACGAUGGGGUGCAGACACCUGGAGCCCGUUGGCAACGCCGACCAAGUCGCAUAUCCAGCCCAUAGACAAGGACUUUUUCUGGCGUACAGUAACGCAUCAGUACCCAGUCACUUCUUUUCGACCGCUACCCACGGCUGCUGUCGAUGUUCUGCCUCAUGUCCAAGCCAAGUUUGGACCCGAGUCUGCCGACCAAAAACAGACUCGCUUAACGCGUCGCGACACCAUCAAGCGCGCCUUUUCGCGGAGCUGGAAAGCAUAUAAAGAGCAUGCUUGGCUGCGCGACGAAGUCAAGCCCAUCACGGGAAAACCUGUCGACACAUUCGGGGGUUGGGGCGCUACGCUCGUGGACUCGCUCGAUACCCUCUGGAUCAUGGGGUUUCGGGAAGAGUUUUCGCUUGCGGUUCAAGCUGUGAGUAACAACAUCUCGUUUCGGACAACCGAGGCGGAGACAAUCAACGUCUUUGAAACGACAAUCCGGUUUCUUGGCGGCUUGCUGGGGGCGUACGACCUGAGCGGUGACACCAGGCUACUAUCUAAAGCACAAGACGUCGGAGACAUGCUCUACAAAGCCUUUGACACGCCAAACCAUCUGCCCGUCACGCGAUGGGACAUCCACGCGGCUGGAAGAGGCGAAACGCAAACAGCGCACGGAAACACCCUCCUCGCCGAGCUUGGGUCGUUAAGCAUGGAGUUCUCCAGGCUGAGCAUUGUUACGGGAAACCCAAAGUACUACGACGCGGUUCAACACAUUAGCGAGUUACUCGCCGCGUCACAGAUGAAGACCAAAGUGCCAGGCCUGUGGCCCAUUGUCGUCGAUGCGGCGCGUGAAGAGUUUGAUCUCGGCUCAGACUACGGCCUCGGCGGCAUGUCAGACUCAACAUACGAAUACUUGCCCAAGAUGGCGGCUCUUCUUGGACAAAAGACUGGCAUAUACGCAGACAUGUACCUGCGAAGCAUGGAAACAUCCAACAGGCAUCUCCUCUUUCGUCCUAUGACGCCAAAGGGCGACGACAUUUUGUUCCCGGGAUCGCUCCAUGCCAGCCGCAGCAACAAUCAGGUCUCUACAACCUUGGAUCCAAGCGCGGGCCAUCUGACAUGCUUUGUCGGCGGCAUGCUAGCCGUUGGCGGUCAGAUCAUGUCCAACAAGACGCAUGUCGAGUUGGCGGACAAAGUCACAAAGGGAUGCAUCUGGGCUUAUUCCUCGUUCGGGCGCGGUGUGAUGCCGGAAACAAUGUCUUUGACGCCCUGUCCAUCGCGUUCUGGUUGCGUCUGGUCUGACUCGUCGUGGCAUCUCGCCGCUCUAUCCGCCCAGUCGGCUUCCAAAGAGGACGAUGGGGAAAAGCUCGUCGAGGAGCAGCGGCUCCCCCCGUCAUUCACCAAGAUCCCCGAUGCGCGAUAUAUCCUCCGCCCCGAAGCGGUUGAGAGCAUUUUUGUCAUGUAUCGCGUUACGGGAGAUCCCGCAUGGCAAGACGCGGCAUGGCGCAUGUGGAACGCCAUUGAUGAGUUGACACACACAGAGCUGGCCAAUACCGCGGUAUGGAAUGUGAAUCCCAAACAUGGCGAAGAGCCAGGCAAGGCGGACUCGAUGGAAAGUUUCUGGCUUGGUGAGACGUUGAAGUAUCUUUACCUCGUAUUCUCUGAGCCUGAGCUGGUCAGCCUGGACGACUGGGUAUUUAAUACCGAGGCCCAUCCAUUUAGGAGGCUGAAGAAGUGA